CUUGCUUCUCAACUUUUGAUUAUAACCUCUCCCCUCUGAUCUCAGAGCUUCUCAAAAACAAACAAAUCCAACAAUGGCUACUAAUCCAUUAAAGUCCAUUAACCACCACCAUCACUGCCACCCAUUCACAUUAAGGCGUCAUCCCCUGUCUGACUCCUCCUCCUUCCUCAAACCCACCACCAGAACCGCCGGAGCCGUCUCCUCCGCCGCCCUUCCGCGCGGCAUUUUCAACUUCAACCUUUCCCCCGCCACUCCAACGACUACAGUCACGCCGCCCUCCCCCCCGCCCCAAACCUCCGUGUCCUACGACCUCCUGGAGCGCCACCUCGCCGCCCAGAACUUCCGGCAGGCGGACGAGGAGACCCGACGGCUGCUCAUCGCCCUCGCCGGCGACGCCGCACAGGAGCGCGGGUACGUGUUCUUCUCAGAGGUCCAGUUCAUCCCGGACUCCGACCUCCGGCAAAUCGAUUCCCUCUGGCGGAAACACAGCAAUGGCAGAUUCGGGUACAGCGUGCAGAAGAAAAUCUGGAAGAAAGUGAACGGGGACUUCACGGAUCUGUUCAAGAAGAUCGGAUGGAUGAAGAAGCUGGAGACUGAGAUUGAACAGUACAAUUACCGGGCGUUUCCGGACGAGUUCAAUUGGGAGCUCGGCGACGAGGUGCCGGAAGGGCAUUUGCCGUUGACGAACGCGCUGAGAGGGGUCCAGCUUCUGAGCUACAUUCUGAAGCACCCGGCUUUUGAGGAGGAAGAAGAAGAAGGAAAUAAUUUGAGUAGUGUAAAUUCUGCUGCAAGUGAAGGAGGGAUAGGUUUGGGGUUGAAGAAGAUAUCGACGUUUAAACCGGAUUACAGCUUUUGAUGACGAAGAUGUAAAUGAGUUUAUAAUCUUUAUAAUCUGUUCGUUUGUUUAAAAUCUUCUUCUUCGAGUAGGAUUAAUUAAUAGAACCACCUCCCAUAGUGGAAUAUCGAAAAAAUACAGUGUUAUAUUAUAAUGAAUCAUUCAAGGAAGUUGAUAGAUUAAUUGCAUUAUUUAUUAUUACCUCCCUCGACUUUGC